AUGUCGCAGUCACUUGAAGAUCUCGUCCGUGCGUUCAACGCUCUCCCACGGUCCCCAAAGACUCCAUCCGGACUCGUGGACAAUCACUGGUACUUUGCGAUUCGACGAGUUCCACUGGAACCCCCGGGCGAUCUCCUCCAUGUUGUGAACCCUGGCAGUCGCUACAACAGCACCGAAGGCCCUACUCAGAUCUUGUCCUACAAAUCCCUAGCAGAACGCGCUGAUAUCGUGCUUCCCAUGUUGCUGAGGGUAUUCAUGUAUUCGAUGAGCAACCCUCAUCAAGCUCAAACAUUUGCUCCAUGGAGCUGGGGAACUGACGAUGUCGAUUUGGCGAAGGCUUUGGAGCAGCGUCUCAAACUUGCCGGGGUUUGCAAGGAACUUUGUGUCAUCAAGGUUGGGGAUGAGGCAAGCAGCAAAAUCGAACAGGAGAUCUGGGAUAGACUCCUUGAUGAGUUGAUAAAGAAGUCAGGACCACAGUGUGACAGAUGCAAUAGUCCUCCUACAAACAGUACCAAGUUGCUGCGGUGCGGCGGCUGCAGACAGACUACAUACUGCUCCAAAACUUGCCAAAAAGCAGAUUGGAAAGAUCACAAGGCUUACUGUCAGACUUCAGCGAUCGAUUACUGGAAAGUCAUUGCACCAAACGCCCACGAUGCGAUCGAACUGGCGGCCGAAAUUGGUCUGAAACUAGGCUCUGGUGGUCUCGUAUACCCAAUCCGACGUCUUGUAGUCACCGGCAAGGAUACCCCCGAGAACUUCAGAAAGCUGCUCGGCUGGAAUGAUAAAGAUGAAAUCAAGGAUAUACAACAUAGUGCACGAAAGGAGGUCCUGAUUAGACCACCAAAAGGUUCGCCAGAUUGGGCCUUCGCGAAGGGUCUCAAGCUCGAUGAGAACUGUCCUCCAUGGACUCCUCGCCCGGCAUCGGUGAAAGAGGAACAAGAGGUCCGCGAAAUCAAGGAAAUGCAGGAGCUCAUUAAGCGCCAUAUGGGAUCGCGAAGCAUGAGCACAAUCGGAACCAAAGAUAUGACGGAUUUCUUAGCGAAAUACUUCCCUCGCGAUUUUAGUGCCAAGAUGCAGACAUUUACGGCGGCGACCAAUGCUAUGGACCAAGAUGUUAUGGUCUAG